GUCACAGAGGUCCCUCAAUCUAAAGAUGGCGGCUUCGGCAGUGAGGGGCACUGUGGCGCUUCGUACGAGUAUUGGUCGGCCCGUUGCUUUUGUCAGAAAAAUUCCCUGGACCGCGGCCUCGAGUGAGCUGAGAGAACACUUUGCACAAUUUGGCCAUGUACGAAAGUGCACUGUACCUUUUGACAAAGAGACCGGCUUUCACAGAGGUAUGGGUUGGAUUCAAUUUUCUUCAGAAGAAGAACUUCAUAAUGCAUUACAACAGGAAAAUCAUGUUAUUGAUGGAGUAAAGCUCCAUGUUCAAGCUCAAAGACCAAAAGUUUUGCAAGGGGAUCAAACAUCUGAUGAAGAGAAAGAUUUUUGAGACUAUUACUGCCUAUUUAAAUAAAGUAAACAAAACUGAAAA